GCAAACUCUUUCCGUGUGUUAAAAAUUUCCCAGAUAAGAGAGUAAUCUGUAAUCUCAUCUUACUGAACCAGGUCUCCCACAAGUCAUAACAUCCCGCUCCUCCUCAGAUUUCUAGGGUUUCGAUUCUCUUUUGGGUGCUCCAAAUUGUUCCCUCAGGUUGCUGCUGUGAAACCCUAUUUUUCGCACUGUGAAGUGUGAGAAAAGUAGGUUUGAUUCGGAAUGGGAGUUGAAGAAGGUAAAAGCAAUGGUGGUAGUAUGGAAUGCGAGAAGGAAGUUGAAUGCUUGAAGAGUGAAUCCAAUGGAUUUGGUUUUGGGAAUUCUACUGACAUUGCCAAAGGCAGCUCUGGCGCAAGUGAGGGUGUUCGAACUUACAAGAGGCGGAGGCAGGCGAGGUUCAGUUGGGAUAGCAAGUCACAGGAUGGUGGGGGAGCUGAUGUGGAAUCAUCGAGUCAAUUGGCAAACCAGCGUCUAAAGGAACCAGUGGGCACAGAUAUACACAGUAACUCUUGUGAGCAAGUCCAUGUUCGAAUGAACAGUUCAGAUGCAUGCUCAGAGAGGAACUGUACAGAAGCUGUGCUGGAGAACAUGUAUCAGUCAUUAGGCGAUGAUGAAGGUGGUGUACAAGUGUGCAUCCGAGAAGCACUUGCACAUUUUCGAGAGAUUGAUCACACAACGCGAGUUAAGGAAUCUGGUGAUCAUGAGGAUAGGCACCGAUGCUGUUUUCUGACACAGUCUAUAUUGAAUGGAUCUCAAAAGGCAGCCAGCAUGAAUGCUGGUGUUGUAUCGAAUGGAUUUUCAAAUAAAUCAAACCAUCAUACAGUUACAGCGAUGUGUCAGCGUGCUUUUUAUAAUGUUUUAGUUUCCGAAACGUUCACCUCAUUGUGCAAAGUCCUGCUGCAAAAUUUUCAAGGAAUCAAGGCUGACAGCGUUUUCGACUUUAGUCUCAUAAACUCAAGGAUGAAAGGGGGAGAUUAUGAGCAUUCUCCAAUGCUCUUCUCAAAUGAUAUGCAACAGGUAUGGAGAAAACUUCAAGUGAUCGGUACGGACUUGAUUUCUCUUGCAAGAAACCUCUCGGACAUGUCUAGGGCUUCUUACAAUGAACAGGUGGGAGGUUCAAUCCGCAAUACAUUGAAAUAUGGAAAAAAUGAGUUCUACCACUUGGGAUCUGACCCUGAUGCUAAACUGGAGCAAACAGAGGAUUGUGGUGUGCACAGUGCAUGCACUUGCAGGUGCUGCGGAUGCCAUGCAAAUGGGAAGGAUUGUUUAGUAUGUGAUUCAUGUGAGGAGAUGUACCAUAUCUCUUGCAUUGAGCCUGCUGUCAAAGAAAUUCCUCCAAGUUGGUAUUGUAGUAGGUGCACUGCAAGUGGUAUUGGAUCACCCCAUGAGAACUGUGUCGUGUGUGAGAAGUUGAACGUGGCCAAGACUGUAGUUGAUGGAGUUGGAGGUGAAAGUGUUUCUACAGAAGAAGAAACAAUCAAUGAGACAGGUGAAAAUUCAAAAUGGAGUGCAGAUGAUGGAAUCCAGCUAUCGGAAGAAAGCAAAACAAUUUGCAAAACUUGUGGACUUGAGGUAAAAAACAAUGAUAGUUUGAGGACAUGUGGUCAUCCAUACUGCCCCAAGAAAUACUACCAUGUGAGGUGUCUGACAACUAACCAGUUAAGAUCUUACGGCCCCUGUUGGUACUGCUAUUCUUGCCUAUGCAGAAAUUGUCUCAUUGAUAAAGAUGAUGAUAUGAUUGUGCUUUGUGACGGUUGUGAUCACGGGUACCACCUCUAUUGCAUGGAACCACCACGCACUUCCAUUCCAGCUGGAAAAUGGUUUUGCAAAAAAUGUGAUACCGGAAUUAAGGCCAUACGCAAGGCAAGAAAGGCUUAUGAUAAGAAAGAAAAGACACAGAGAGCGAACUGUGAAGGUUUAAAGAAGUUGAAGGAAAAAGGGGAUGACAGGGAAUCAGAACAAGGUAGAGGGGGAAUGGAGGUCCUUCUCUGUGCAGUCCAUACUCUAGAUAAUGAAGAGUAAAUGAGAAUGAGACGGUUUUCAGGGAAUGACAUGUUUUCUUUGAGUAACGGAUUUGAUUUUUGUAGGUCUAUCUCAUGGCUAACAAGUCUGCGUUGGAGGCAAUAUUUUGGUAGGUUGUAAACUCUGUUAGAUUCUGCUGACUUUUGGAUACUUAACUCAGCGAAAGACAGGAUUCCGAAAUGGCUGUAAAUUUAGUUUCGUUCUUGCUAGAAGUGCACAGUUUGAGAAAACAGGACGGCAGAUUGGUAAAAUGACCAUUUUAACAGCCACCAUUGAACAUACUGGUGGUUUCUACUUUUGUAAGUAGUUAUUUUUGAAAGGUAUCAGAAUGUAAUUCUCCGCGCUUAUGUUGUAAGACGAUGAAAGUUGAUCAAAUUUCGAUAACUAAUGGAACACUUUUUUGAACAUUUUAAGCUC